UGUACAAAAGUGCUUCUUCAAUGGAUGUUAUCAGUGGUUAAUGGGCCCAUCGAUAUGGUUCAGUAGGGGCAUGCUGUGGCUACUGGAAGGCUCAGAAGGUUGUUGUCACCUAUCAAAUGCUCAAUCAAUGCAGCAAUGUUGUGCACUUUCCUGGUUAAUUGUUUCAGCAUCAGUUUCCAACGGGUUUCCAGAAGUACAAGAACUUCUUUGGUGUUUGAAGAUGGCCCAGAGAGAGAGAACAUACAUUAAUGAGGAGCAAAGGGAAACCCUGAAAUCCUUUUUUAAGGAAGGAAUGACACGUGUUGGCUCACCCAUAAUAAUAAGAGCAGCUUCAGCUACUGGAUUGGACACCAGUGUCAUAGAAAACUGGAUCGGUAAUUACAAAAGGUCAUUAAAUGCUUCAUCUGAGCCCCGACCAUCAAAGGCCAAAGCUCACAUCCGAGAGCUGUCCCCAUACAACCUUUUUUGUAGGGACAUUCUUAAAAACAAUGGCACAAUGAAAGAUAUGGGGAGGUGGUCCACAUUAGGGAAAGAGGACAAAGACAAAUACUGUCAAGAAGCAGCAGCACUGAGGGCACAUGGCCAGGCACAGGACCUUAGCCCUGAGAUGAGGGAUCACCAAAUUAAAAUGCACCUGAAGAAGCUGAAGUUAGAGGUGUCCAAGCUUGAGGAUUUGGGUGUGGAAACAGCUGUUUUAUCUUUUGAUCGACAAAAGUCCAGCUUAGAGGUGUAUGAGCUGAGCAGCAAAGGAGCUGCAGAUUUCCUGGACUCAACAGACACAGUGAACAACUUUGCACUGCAUUUCAAAGCCAGCUCCUCAGCCGCAACAUCGAGUGCCAGAGUCGAGGUCAAUGUGCUGCUGAGAAAAGUGCAAGAUCUGUUUAACCAAAAAUAUAAGGAGGCCGGAGGUACUGGAAGGCUCCCCUACCAAUCCCUGGUGAAUCAGGGAAUGACAAUUAAAGUUGCUGGACUUUCCAACAGCCUUACUUUCAAAAAGCCAUCCUAUUAUGGAAGGAAUCAGUUGGAGGCCAUUUUGCAAGCUGCUGAGGAGAUUUCAUUUGAAAUCAAUGCAGCACAAUGCGACACCACUGACACAGCAGAAGGAAUGUCAGAGGCCAUGGGCGCAGAAGACACAGCAGAUGUUGUCCAGACGCAGUCAGCAGAAGACAUUUUAGAGUUUUUUAUGUGUGAAAAUGGUAUUUCUUGUACAGAGCUGGAAAAACAGUCCUCAGAAACAACCACUACAGUAGCCAUCGUGAUGACUGCAGAUGAAGAUGGAGGCAAUCUGUGCUGUGUCUGCCACGUCCAUUUCGAUGACAGGAAGAAGAAUGCUUCAAAGAAGUGGCGUUCAUGGUCACAGUGCACAGUGUGCCAAUCAUGGUCACACACUGCAUGUGGUUUUAAAAAAAACAUGUGUCUUAAAUGCAGUGUCAAGACACCAUGCAAACACCCUGAAGCACUACAUCAGUGAUAGAAAACAAGAUGGGUUAACAAGAUGUUUUAUGUUCCAACUUGUUUUUACUUUGUUCAUGACCCCAUCCCUACAAACACACACGUUUUUUUUUUUAAUGUAUUAAGUUCCAUUUAAAGUUGUUCUUGCUAAUUUAUUGUACCG